AUUAUAAUUCAGAGCUUCGCCACUGAGAUGUGUGCGUUAGGUCGACAUAACCUACGACAUUGUUGCUUGACCUUGCUUGAUUAGUUUUGUUCGGUCUGUUGUGCACUUGAAGCGACUUUAGACCGUUAAGAAAGAAAGUUGACAAGAUUUGGAGUUGAUUGUGUUCUCACAUCAGUGACAAAUUGGUUUGGUGUUACUAUUUUUCCGCUAUGGCUGAUGAAACUUCAAGCCAAUGUGAAACUGUCACUUCGAGCAAUUCAAGUUCGAGGGACCCUAGCAACUCUGAUAUAAACGUCACGAAUAAAUUUGAAGGGUGUUGUUUGCACGCACCGGAGUUGUAUCCUUCCUUGAAAUCCACCGAAGUACAUGAUGAAAACAGAAAGUUGUCAGACAUUUAUAAGGAAGGUCUUAACCUUUUCGAUUUCAUUGCAAAUAGUGAUGCUCCUACGAACAGCGUUGAAACACAGGCAAAAGUUAAAAAGGCAAUGAACUUGUUUGAAGAGGCUACAAGGCUAGUUUCUGCAGCUGGAAUCUUUAGUAGAAAUGAAUCUGUUGAAGAAAUUGCUACAAACAAUGUCAAAUACCUUCUUCUACCUGCUUUUUUAGGAACAUUGAUUCUAAAAUUAUGUGUUGAUGAAAGAAUGGAAGUUGUAAGGACUGCUGAAGUAUAUUUUAGAGAUUUUCUUCAGCGAUGUAAAGAUUAUGGAAUAUCUGAAUUUGAAAUGCCAGAACCAGAUGACACUUCAGAGGAUCAGCCAGAUCCUUUUGAACAACCACAUAGACCAUGCUCAUUUGAUCUUGCAUCAAUGGCUCGGGAACGUUCUAUGAAAAUUCAACGGUUCAAAGAAUUGAAAGAACUAGAGGGUAAAUUAAAAGAUCUAAAGGCAUUAAUGGCUUUACCUGAUGUACCAGAAGAAGUGGAGAGAAAAUAUUAUUUGACAACAAUUAAUAUGUAUAUCAAUCAAUCAUUUGAUGAACUGGCAUGCCUGAAAGUGGAAAAACCUCUUUUGGCACAUAUGGCAAAAGUGAAGAAGGAUCCCCCAUUUGGCAAGCAAGAAAGAAGAGACAAAGUAAGAAGAUAUGAAAAGAAACCUUUAAUGCCAAUUAUAAUAACUAGAGAUGAAGUCCAGAAGAAAGUAUAUGGUGCUGGUUAUCCUAGUAUUCCUACUAUGACAGUUGCUGAAUUUUAUGAUAAAAAAGUUAAGGAUGGAGAAUUUCCUGACCCAACCAAGCCUUCGAACCGUAAUGCGCUCCAAGAUCGGGCUCCUCAGGGCACACUAGGGGAGCUAACUGACCCCAGUGAGGAGGAGAGGGCUGAUAAGGAGCGGAAGGAGGAGGUGGAUGACCCGGAGAACUUGGAGCGAGCUCGCGAGUGGGACGACUGGAAGGAUGAUCACCGGCGUGGCUGGGGCAACAGAAUGAACCGGAGCUAAGGCAAUUUUGCUCGGCCUUCGUUCAAAAUCAUUCUGCAUUUUAAUUAAUACAGUGCUCAGGCAGCAACAAAGUAGUGUACUCUUAACUUUGUAAUUUUUAAAGUGAAGGAAACUUAUAUGGUAAGUGAAAUGGGGAACAAGAAUUUGUAAUUUGGCCAUUGAGAAAGAAAAUAUUUGGAUGACAAUGUAGAAGUGUAAAGUAUAAAAUCAUAUUAGUGGAAUGUAUCUGAUUUUAUUGUGUUCUCAAUUUGGUUUAAACUCUCAAACAUGUUUUUCGUAAUUGCAUCACAUGAAAUCAGUUGCUAUGCGUUUGGGAAUGGGAAAAUAUAAUUAAAAAGCAUUCAGAAUUACCUUUUAGAAUCUCUUUUCUCUUUGUGUCUUUUUACUUAAAUGUCCUGGGCCUUUUAAUAAUUGAUAACAAUAUUUUUUGUGUACUUUUAAAUGAAGGCUUCAAAUCCAAUCUUUGUGGAUAAUUUUAAAACACCUGCAUUGUGAAAUUAGGAGCACUAGAUAACAUGAUAUUUUUGUAGUAACUCAUAUCAUUACCAACACAUGUUCCCAUACAGUUUUGGCUAAUCUGUUACUGUUGAUAAAUGCCAUUAAUUCUAUUCUUUGCCCAGAGUUUUCUUCUCUGUAUAUAUGUUGAAUGUAGUAUUGGCUUCCACUUUCCAUAAUUUUAUAAUUUCUUAAACAUAUUUUGUUUAUUUAAGAAAUUACAACAAUUUGUUGGUCUCUGUUCUAGUGAACCUGGAUGAACUGUUUUUUAAAAUUAAUUUCUUCCACUGAUGGCAAACUCUAUUAUUUUGCUCUAACUUGCAGAAGUAUAUUUUCUGGACUCUCAUUUUUGAAUGUGAUUUUCAUUACUACUAGAACUGAUUAGUGAAUAACUGAUAAUUCCCUGUACCAAUAAGGUUUACAUGCUGAACCACUUCCUUACCCAGAAACGUUUUGAGAACUUCCAUCAAUGGAAUGAUUUCUGUAAGUGUAUAAUACGGGUGCUUAUAACUAAUUACUAUUUAUUAUACAAGUGGCAUUGUAUGUUGCAAGUAGGAAAUGUUGCACAAAAGACCAAUAGGCUGACUGGCCCAAUCCUAAGAGCAAAAUACUUAUUUCAACCAUAUAUGUUAUAUACUUUUUUAGACAGCCAUACUGACUGCCCUUUUAUUUUAAUUGAAGUAUACAAAUCACUUAAUUGGAUAUUAUGUUAUAUUAAGAUCUGUUGUAGCUGAUCAGAUAAAAGUACAAUGAAUCCACUUGACAGGACAACUUCUUUAAAAAGACCACCCUUUUUCGAGGACAGUACUCUAUGGAAUGGAAUAAUGAUUUCAUAUGACCAAUGUAUUUUACCCCGCUUCCAGACCAACAACCAUGAAUUUUUGUCAUAACGUAACAUUGCAUUCCCUUAAGAUGAUCAAAAAACCUCAUAUGAAAUAAUAAGCCCGACAGUACUGUGAGCUAAACUGUUACUGGUGACUUCUAGAUAAGGGACACUGAUUGAGCACAUGAUGUUUUGUGAUAACUCUAAAGGAGAGGCCUUCCAGAAAAUGUAGAGAAACUAUAGCAUUAUAAAUUUGAAAGAUAAUUUCACAGAAGCAAAACAAUACCCCUGGAUUACAAUAAUCAGACCACCUUCUUUCAAUAACACAUUACCUGAAGGUCAAUUCGUAAAUACAGUGAACUAUUUUUUUUGUAAUCAUAUUAAUGAAUAAACACAGGUGAUCAAAGUAUAAAAUAAAGCAUUAAUUUGAAACCAGAAUAGUGUUACAAUACCUAUUGUAGUAGUCACAGCAGCAGUGGUGAGUGCAGUUUAAUAGUGCAAAGUUCUCUUUAAGAAGAUCACUCCUCUAAAAGACCAAUUUUAAGGUGCUAAUCACUUGGUUGGCAUAAAGAGGUUUCACUGUAUUAUGUUUUCUUUGUUAUAUUCUUAGUUUUAUUUGAAUAUUUGAGGAUUGUUUCACUUUUAGCACUAGUUCUAAAAGUUGACCUUUAGCAUGCGCUGUUUCCCCUAAAAGCAACCGUUUUUACUACUGCCAAAAAAAAUUAUUUAUUGACCGAGCAAAAUGAGAUCCUGUUUUAAUUUGUCCGAUCUGAGUUUUUUUUGUAAUGCAUUUUCACAGGCAAAAUUAUUUGAUUUUCUUCAAAUCUGGCAUGAGUGUGUCUUGAUGUUACUGUAAAUUUAGUACGUUUAUGGAUUUAUAUUUUGUAAUGUCAAGAUUUUAAGAUCAAUUUUGAGUUUUGGGUAUUUUGGCCAUAAAUUUUAGGGACGACCAUAUAAACUAGACCUAUGUAAACAUGUAGUCAGCAGUAACUUAAGAUUUAUUUGAAUGCUUAAAUAAUGUUAUAGUGCAAUGUUUUCGGAAAGGUUAAUUCCCAUCAUUAGGCAGCAGAUACUGUGAAAUAGAAUAAUACAGCACUAGAAUAAGAUCUUGUUUUAGAAAUUAAAUUAACUAAUUCUAAAUUCUGAGCAUGCAGUAAACGUUCAGUGACUCGCUUUGAAAAACUUUCUUAUAUAUUUUUAUUAUGUCACGAUUCAUUAUGAAGUAAGAAAAUGGUUUAUUUAAAUUCAUGUUUAAGUCCAUUAAUUAACAAAGUUAAAAACAACAUUGUAAAGAAGUUUGUGGUUGAUACAGAGUUUUCAGUGGCCUCCAGCUCAGCACAAAAAUUCUGUAGAUCAAGACAGCAGUUGUGGCACCUUGGCAUGGAAGUAGAAUUGGAGAGGGGAUUUGAAGGAAAAUUGGGAGGGAGCAGUGUGUAAAGGUUAGAAGGAGAGAAAGGCUAGGAAAGGAAUAGUCAAUUUUUAAAAUUAUUGGACUGAAUUGGAAGGCAAACAUUUCUUAAGUAUCAAAUCUUUGAAAUUGUAAUGGCCAAUAAAAUUAUUUAAACCUGAAUUAUACACACUUGUCAAUAAAUUGGAUUCUAGUUGCUUGUUUAAAGGUUUGGUUUUUUAAUUAACAGUGUAUCCAAAAUGAGGGUGUGGAAUUUAUUCUUGUUGGCUAACACUGUGGUCUCUUUGAAAUUGAUAUCACACCCUGCUGUUAACUGAUGUUCUGUCAAUGAAUUGUACUUAUUUGGACAUUUCUUAAUAUUUUUCUUAGUUUUGCUUACAUGGACCAAAUUGAUCUUGCACAACAAGAUAUUUCUUGAUUCCUCUUUUGGUAAAAUGGUUAAAUUUUUUACUACAGAUGGGGUGUUUAUUACUCAUUUAAUAUUCUGAGAUCAAAUGUUGUUUGAAAACU